AUGGUAAAAUUUGGAGAUUUUAAUAAAGUCUGUGAGACGGUGGCACUCACUGUGUGCCCUCUUGUAGGUUCGGAAGAAGGCAUUGAACCAACAUGUUAUUCAAGAAACGUUGAAAUUGCUGGCACACUAAUUUUCCAACCUGCCACCAUUAUUAUCCAUGUUAUUGCGCUCAUCAUGACUUCCAUCAUGAUUUAUCACAUAAAGUCAAAAUAUACAGCCGUCGGUCGUAAGGAAAUUGUCAUGUUCUUUUAUUUAUAUAUGAUGGUUACCUUCUUAGAAUUAUUGCUUGUUUCUGGUAUCAUUCCAACUGCAUCAAAAGUUUAUCCUUAUUUUACUGCUGCACAUGUUGCACUUAUCACCGCUACGUUCUGGUGUUUAUUGUUAAAUGGUUUUGUCGGAUUUCAAUUUGCUGAAGAUGGUACACCAUUGUCACUUUGGUCGAUCCGUAUUUCCUCUUUGGUUAUUUUUGCUGGUGUUUUUUUCCUAAGUUUUGCAACAUUCUUAUCUAAAGCCGGAUUUAGCCCCUUAAACCCAGUAGCACUUUGGAUUGUAUUGUAUGUGUUUAAUGGAGCAGCUCUCGUAAUUUAUGUAGUCCUUCAAAUUGUACUUGUACUUAACACCCUUGACGAUCGCUGGCCUCUUGGUGAUAUUGUGUUCGGUAUUUCCUUCUAUGUCAUUGGUCAAGUCAUCCUUUACUUAUUCUCUGUACGUAUCUGUGAUACAGCCAAACAUUACAUCGACGGAUUAUUCUUUGGAACAAUCUGCACACUUUUAGCUGUUAUGAUGGUUUACAAAUAUUGGGAUUCCAUCACCAAAGAAGAUCUCGAAUUUUCCGUUGGUAGCAAACAAAAUGUUUGGGAAGUUAAAGAAUUACUCGGAGAGGAUGAAUUGGCAUAUUCAAAUCAAGGUGGUUAUGGUGGUG